AUGUCAAACGACUUUGCGACCGAAGAAUAUCUUGCAUAUCUAGAAUUUCUGAAGAUUAUAACUCAGCUCAGUGCAAAUUAUCGAGAAUAUCUGGUGUUUCUAAAUCGGCUAAGGCGACAUAAUCAAGAACCCCCCAUUUCCUAUGAUCUAUUGUUGGGAUUUCUGUUCAAACAUAUUCCAGCAAACAACAUUACUCUUGAAACAUUUCGGGAAAUUCUAACUUAUCAAAUCCAAUGUAAUCAGGCACCACCCAGUCAAUUUGGAGGAAUUUCACAGCCAAGCCAAAAUCAUCUAGAAUUAUCCAAUUCUUUAGGAGAAAUUCCGCAACAAGGCCAAUAUUAUCCAGCAUUACUCAGUUCUUUAGAAUACCCGCAGCAAUACCAGGAAUCAACCUUCUACUCUCAAGGAAUUAGUGAAGGUCGACCGAACGAGCCUGAUGUGGAGUCUUUGGUUUCCAGCCAAAUACACAAUACAGCAGCUCUUGUGAACCAUAAUGAUCAACCUUUUACCUUUGAAAAUGAAAAUAAUCAUCAAGCAUUUGACUCUCAAAAUGAAAAAUGUAAAUGGGAGGAUGAACCCACUAAAGUAUUGCUUUUUUAUUUGACUGAAAAAAAAGAAGAUGUAAUGCUAGAUGGUCGAAGUCAUCUAGAUCAUAAAGAUAGACUAUGGAAUGGUGCCGUCAUUGCUUUAUCAAAUAAAGGUUACACUUAUACCGCUAUCCAAUGUGUGAGAAAAUGGAAAAAUAUGAAACAGAAUUAUAAAUUAAGAUUUCAAAUUCCAAUGGAUUUAUUUAAUACAUCAUCUAAUAUGACUGUAUAUAGUAAACGAAAGCUGGAACAUGAAUUGGUAAAUGGGCCAAAUAAAGCCAGAAAGUUGGAAAAUCGAUAA